UUCCCCAUGUGAAUGAAUAAACAAUAACUCCCUAUACCUCUUUCCAAUUCAACUCUCACACUAAUAAAUAACCUUUUUAAUUCUUAGUUGUCUAGUUUUCUCACACACUCCACCCUUAUAUUCUUUCUUUUUUCCCCCUAGAGGAAGUUACCACAAAUUAACAACACAAAGAAAAGUCCUAAGUUUCACACAAGAGAAAAACAGAAAUGACACUUUCAAUUUCUUCUUGGAGCUUCAUCCUAUGUACCCUACUUGUCCUUUUGGUUGUAGAAGAGAGUUGUGCUAGAAACAUAGCUAUACCCUAUGAUUUACAACAAGUCACAACAGAGAGUCUUCUAAAUAAUAUCAUGGAGGUUGAAAACGCUGAUGAAGAAAUGAAUAAAAAUGAACACAAAAAAAUCAUUGAAAAGGAUGUGCAUGCUUCUCAUAAGGAUCAUCACAAUCAAAUAGACCCUGAAUUGAAUGUCUUUUUCAUCCCAAAAGAUUUAAAAGUUGGAAAAGUAAUGCCAAUUUAUUUUUCCAACAAAGAUCCUUCAACAUCUCCAAAAUUUCUCCCCAAAGAAGAAGUUGAAAAAAUUCCUUUCACACCAAAAAAUCUACCUUUCCUUUUAGAUUUCUUCUCCAUCUCAAAAAACUCUCCACAAGCCAAAGCAAUGAAAUACACACUUGAACAAUGCAAUUUUGAACCUAUGGAAGGAGAGACAAAAUUUUGUGCUACUUCCUUAGAAUCUUUGUUUGACUUUGCUUCUUACAUGUUUGGACCCAAUUCAAAAUUUAAAGUUUUGACCACAACCCAUGUCACAAAAUCCUCUGUCCCUUUACAAAACUACACAAUUUUACAAGUGAAUCAGAUUUCAGUGCCAAAUGCAAUUGGGUGUCACCCUAUGCCUUACCCUUUUGCAGUUUUCUAUUGUCAUAGCCAACAGGGUGAUACUAGUUUGUAUGAAAUUGUAGUAGAAGGUGAAAAUGGAGGAAAAGUUCAUGCUGCAGCUAUUUGUCACAUGGAUACUUCUAAAUGGGAUGCAGAUCAUGUGGCUUUUCAUGUUCUUAAUGUUCAACCUGGAAAGUCUCCUGUCUGUCAUUUCUUUCCUUCUGAUAAUCUAGUUUGGCUGCCUUUGACUAAUGUUCCAUAGAAAGUUGGGAUCUUUUUUUUGUUUUGCUUAUAUAUGUCUAUGAAACUAUGUCAAUUAUAGUUAUAGUUCUAGACAUGGUGUACUAACAUCUUCAUGCCAAACUAAGUAAUAAAGAUGUUAUUUUGGUGUUA